UCGGCCGCCAUGGCCGCGCAUGGGAAGUUGCGCCGGGAGCGAGGGCCGCAGGCCGAGUAUGAGGCGCAAGUCAAAGAAAUGCGCUGGCAGCUGAGCGAGCAGCUGCGCUGCCUGGAGCUGCAGGGCGAGCUGCGGAGGGAGCUGCUGCAGGAGCUGGCCGACUUCCUGCGGCGCCGCGCCGAGGUCGAGCUCGAGUACUCCCGCGGCCUGGACAAGCUGGCCGAGCGCUUCACUGGCCGCGGAGGCCGCCUGGGGGGCAGCAGCAGGGAACACCAAAGCUUCCGGAAGGAGCCGGCCCUCCUGUCACCCUUGCACUGCUGGGCCGUGUUGCUGCAGCAGACGCGGCAGCAGAGCCGAGACAGGGCGGCCCUCAGCGAGGUGCUGGCUGGCUCCCUGGCCCCGCGCCUGAGCCACAUCUCAGACGACGUGGGCCGCAUCGUCAAGCAGCUGCCCCGGCUCUCUGGUCACCUCUCCCAGAGCAAAGACUUGGAGCAGCGGCUGCAGGAAGACCUCCUGGAGGUCGUGUCGGAACUUCAGACGGCCAAGAAGACAUACCAGACUUACCACGUGGAGAGCAUGAACGCCGAAGCCAAGCUCCGGGAAGCCGAGAGGCAGGAAGAGAAGCGGGCCGGCCGGACUGUUGCAGCUGCCACCACCACCGAGGCAGGGCCGCUUCGCAAGAGCUCCCUCAAGAAGGGCGGGCGCCAGGUGGAGAAGCGUCAAGCCAAAUUCUUGGAGCACAAACUCAAGUGCACGAAGGCACGCAAUGAAUACCUGCUCAGCCUGGCCAGUGUCAAUGCUGCUGUGAGCAACUACUACUUGCACGAUGUCUUGGACCUCAUGGACUGCUGCGACACCGGUUUCCACUUGGCCCUGGGCCAGGUGCUCCGGAGCUACACAGCCGCUGAGAGCCGCGCCCAGGCCUCCCAGAGGCAGGGCCUGGGCAGCCUGGAAGAGGCCAUCGAGGCCCUGGAUCCCCCAGGGGACAGGGCCAAGGUGCUGGAGGUGCAUGCAGUCGCCUUCUGCCCCCCACUGCGCUUUGACUACCAGCCCCAUGAGGGAGAUGAGGUGGCUGAGAUCCAGGUGGAGAUGGAGCUGCGGGAUGAGCUCCUGCCCAGAGCCCAGAACCUCCAAAGCCGCCUAGACCGACAGACCGUCGAGACAGAGGAGGUCAACAAGACACUGAAGGCCACACUGCAGGCCCUGCUGGAGGUGGUGGCCCUGGACGAUGGAGAUGUGCUCGACUCCGUCCAGGCUUGUCCCUCCACCGAGUCCCUGAAAUCAACCAGCGCGGAUCCAGGGCCCCGGCAGGCCGGCCGGAGGCGGGACCAGCUGCAGGGGACGGAGACCUUCUAUCUCACGAAGCUGCAGGAGUACUUGAGUGGGCGGAGCAUCCUCGCCAAGCUGCAAGCCAAACACGAGAGACUGCAGGAGGCCCUUCAGCGAGGUGACAAGCAGGAGCAGGAGGCGUCCCAGACCCAGUACACACAGAGAAAAUUCCAGAAGAGCCGCCAUCCGCGCCCCAGCUCCCAGUACAACCAGAAACUCUUUGGGGGAGAUAUGGAGAAGUUUAUCCAGAGCUCAGGGCAGCCCGUGCCACAGGUGGUAGAGAGCUGUGUCCGCUUCAUUAACCUUCACGGCUUGCAGCACGAGGGCAUCUUCCGGGUGUCGGGCGCCCAGCUCCGGGUCUCGGAGAUCCGAGAGGCGUUUGAGAGAGGGGAGGACCCGCUGGUGGAAGGCUGCACGGCCCGAGACCUGGACUCGGUGGCCGGGGUGCUGAAACUCUACUUCCGGAGCCUGGAGCCCCCCCUCUUCCCCCCAGACCUGUUUGGGGAGCUGCUGGCUUCUGUGGAGCUGGAGGGCCCGGCGGAGCGCGUGGAGCACGUGAGCCGCCUGCUGGCCCGGCUGCCCAGCCCGGUCCUGGUGGUCCUGCGCUACCUCUUCGCCUUCCUCAACCACCUGGCCCAGUACAGCGACGAGAACAUGAUGGACCCCUACAACCUGGCCGUGUGCUUCGGGCCGACGUUGCUGCCUGUGCCUGCUGGCCAGGACCCAGUGGCCUUGCAGGGCCGAGUCAACCAGUUGGUGCAGACCCUCAUCGUGCAGCCGGCACGGGUUUUCCCGCCCCUGGCCCUUCUGCCCGGCCCCGUCUACGAGAAGUGCAUGGCUCCGCCAUCCCCCGGCUGCCUGGGGGACGCCCAGCUGGAGGGCCUGGCUGGGGAGAAUGAGCUGGAGCUGGAAGCUGGGACAGCGGCCCCAGAGGAUGACUCGGAGGGCGUUGUGGAGGCCGUGGCCUGCUUUGCCUACACAGGCCGCACCGCCCAGGAGCUGACCUUCCAGCGUGGGGACGUGCUGCGGCUGCAUGAGCGUGCCUCCUCGGACUGGUGGCGGGGGGAGCACGCGGGAGCCCGCGGCCUCAUCCCCCACAAGUACAUCUCCCUGCCUGCGGGGGCAGAGAGGCCUAUGGCGGUGGCGCUGCAGCGUGCAGGCGAGUUGCUGAGCGGCCCCGAGGGGCCCCUGCUCGUGGAGUCGGUGCAUCGGCCGGAGCCACGCACGCCGCCUGCCCCUGGUGGCCCCUCUGGACACAGACGGCACUGCUUGCCCCCAGCCUCCCCGGACCGGCCCCUGGAAGUGGAUGAGGUGGUGGCGCAGAACAUGGGCUCUGUGUUCCGAGAGCUCUUGGGGAAGACCGCGGCUCGCCAGGGUCUGGCGCCCACACCCACCAGCACCCCCGGCACUGGGCCCCGCGGCCGCUUGGGCAAGAACAAAGCCUUCUCCCGCGGCUCUGGGGCCCCAGCCUCAGCCUUGGAGCACCAGCCCCAGGGCCUGGACUCGACCCUCAAGCCACACUGAUGCCCCGCUGGCUGCGUGAUGCCCGUGCAGCACCGCAGCCCGCUGCUUCCCGCCGCCCCGCCCAGCCUCCAGGCUCCUCUCUGCCUGAGCCAAUGGUGCCCGCCUGGCGGGUCGGCGGCCGUUCACAAAAACCU